AUGUCUGUCUCCUUCUUCACCAUCUCCAUUUAUGGCCAGUCAACACAGCACAUUUGCAUCGACGCCUCUGCAUUGACAAACAACUCAGUGGCAAGCCUGGACAUGAAGAGAUUCGCCAGCGACCAGUUUUCCCAAGUCGUCUUCCGUAGGUCCGGCUUAAGCAGAGAACGCGCGCCACCCAAAGCACCACAAGAACACUAUUGGCGACCAUAUCAGUCGGAAGAAAGUGUUCUUAGCUGCCCACCUUUUUCAAGCGAUUCGCCAGCACCUCUAACGGAGGAAGGGGACUGUCAGUACUCGCCAACGGUAAGCCGAAGUACCUGA